AUGGAUAACAACUUACUUACAGGGAAGAUCGGAGUUGGUUUGCGUCCCUUGGUUUAUUUGUCAACACUAGAUAUAUCCAACCUCAGAUCUCUUGCUGUCUUUGACGUGUCUUACAACAAUUUAUCAGGAACCAUUCCCCAGGGAGGGCAGUUUCAUACGUUUACCGAGAACAGCUACUUAGGAAAUCCUCUUCUAUGUGGACCACCGACCAAUAAAAGUUGUGAAGCUAAGAAGAAUUCUGAGGAAGCAGAUAAUGGAGGAGGAGAAGCUGGUGACGAUGAAGCUGUUGUUGACAUGGUGGUUUUCUAUUGGAGUACUGCUUCAACUUGUGUGCUUGCGCUGACAGGGGUUCUUGUACUUAUGUGCUUUGAUUGUCCAUGGCGUGAAGCAUGGCUCCACCUUGUCGAUGCCUUCAUUGCCUCUGCAAAAAGUAUCUUGUCUUAA